AUGAUACGGGGCAAUUGGAGUCUAGCGCAGGAGUUUAAACAGAAUGAGAGGAAACAACAGUCGAAAAUACAACAACGACAGAAACACCAGCAUAAAUUGGAGAAGCUCAAGAAUGCAGACCCCAUAAAGUUGUACCACAAGAUCAAAAAUCUAGAGUCAAGGGAACCUAGAUCAAAUCGAGAUGAGGACCAUUUGACAUCUUUAAAAGAGGAUUGGCAUUUCAUUGAAAAGAAUGGAUUACAUAAGGCAAAGAUAGGCAAGUUUCUCGAGGAUAUUGAAAAACAAGAACUGGCUAGACUAAAGCUAAAGAAUAAACUCUGGGGUAGGAAAUCAAUAUACUUCAACCCAGAAUUGAAUCCAUUGGGUAAAGUUCCAAAUGUGAGUAAUCUAGAGGAGGAAAUCGAAGGAGAUUUGGAAAAUUUGACACUUCCGCUUCGUGACAAGGCUCAUUAUGAGCCAGAUCCACUCAUCAAAGAGUUAAAUGUAAAAUUACCCAGUGGGAAGCCACCAAAGUUUUACAAGUUGAUUCAAAAUACCGAAAAGCCAAAGAAACAAGAGCCGAAUCAAGCCGAAUCAAACGACACUUCAAGGCAGUCACCAUCUUUAGCAACAAAACCAUAUUCAAGAAACCGACACCACAAUUCCGAAUCUGAUUUAGAUUUAGAUUCAGUCUCAUCCUCAAAUCUGGAUCAGGGCGAUGAGGAGCUGGAAGAUGAACCCGACUUGAAAAAAGUGAAGUAUGGGUAA